AACCAGUCAGGGCAGUUUUUGCAGAGCAAGGAAGGCGUCGGAGUUGUUGGUGUUGAUGCCAGUUGUACGAGCUAGCAUGUAGUGAAUCUGUAGCUUUUUUGUAUUUGCAAUAUGAAGAAUGGAAGAAGACGAUGUUACUAUCAGAGAGCAGAAUUUCCACAGCCAAGUUCGAGAGUACAUUAUUUGUUUCCUCCUGUUUGCAGUCCUCUACAUCGUGUCCUACUGCAUUAUAACCAGAUACAAGAGGAAGAGUGAUGACCAUGAGGAUGAAGAUGCUGUUGUUAACAGAAUAUCAUUGUACUUGUGCACCUUCACCCUGGCAGUGUCGGGUGGUGCCGUCUUCCUACUGCCUUUCUCAAUCAUUAGUAACGAGAUCCUCCUCUCCUUCCCCAAAAACUAUUACAUUCAGUGGCUCAAUGGCUCCCUCAUUCACGGUCUGUGGAACCUGGUUUCACUGUUCUCCAACCUUUGCCUGUUUGUUCUGAUGCCCUUUGCUUAUUUCUUCUUGGAGUCUGAGGGAUUUGCGGGAUCUAAAAAGGGCAUUAAGGCACGUAUUCUGGAGACCUUUGUGAUGCUCUUCCUGCUGGCUUUGCUCAUCCUGGGCAUUGUGUGGGUGGCAUCAGCGCUCAUUGACAAUGAUGCAGCCAGUAUGGAGUCACUAUACGAUCUUUGGGAAUUCUAUUUACCAUACCUCUACUCCUGUAUAUCUCUGAUGGGAGGACUGCUCUUACUAAUGUGUACUCCUGUGGGAUUGUCCAGAAUGUUCACCGUCAUGGGCCAGUUACUAGUGAAGCCAACAAUCCUGGAGGACCUGGAUGAGCAGAUUUACUGCAUCCAUUUGCAGGAGGAAGCCCUUCAGAGGAGAUUAAACGGAUCGUCCUCACACACUUAUACUCGAGGAAGCUUUGCUCACCAGCUCAACAAAGAAUUGGACAAUAUUAGAAAUCAGAGAAAUAAACUGGAGAGAAGAAAGAAAGCAUCAGGUUGGGAGAAGAACUUGUUGUAUCCCAUAGUGAUGCUGAUCCUGCUCGCAGGAACGACAAUCUCAGUUCUUAUGGUGGCACUGAAUAUCCUCUACCUUCUAGUGGAUGAGACUGCCAUGCCCAAGGGAUCCACAGACCGAGCCAUUGGUAACACCUCUCUGUCCACGUUUGGCGUGGCUCAGGCGGUGCUGGAGAUCAUCCUCAUGUUCUACUUGAUGGUGUCUUCUGUCGUUGGCUUCUACAGCCUGCGUGUCUUUGAGGGUCUCACUCCCAGGAAGGAUGACACAACCAUGACAACGAUUAUUGGUUGCUGUGUGUCAAUCUUGGUCCUGAGUUCAGCCCUGCCAGUGAUGUCCAGAACUCUAGGUAUCACCAGGUUUGAUCUCCUGGGAGACUUUGGGAGAUUUAAUUGGCUGGGAAACUUUUACAUCGUCCUUUCAUACAACCUGCUUUUUGCAGUCGUGACAACGCUUUGUCUGGUGAGAAAAUUCACCUCGGCAGUACGGGAAGAGCUCCUAAAGGCCUUAGGUCUGGAUAAAUUGCAACUGUCAAACAGCCCCACGGACCCUGAAUCUGGGAAGCUCUCGGCCAACGGGCAUCAGAAAACUCUGUGAAAGGGACGACAGAUCAACACACACGCACGUAUACAUACACACACGCACACACACACCUUAGCAUAGCCAAAGGGAGAUUUCAACAGUACUGCCUGACUGCUGAAAGGUGAAAGGGAUUGGAAGGAACUUAAUAAACCCAGGCAGUGUCUGACGGAUGCUGCAAAUGGAGGCUGAGAGCAAUUUAGCUUCGUGACAUUCCAUCCUCUGCGUCUCAGAUGGAAGCUGGGACAGAGCCAGGGAUGCGACUGAGGAGUGAAAUAGACUGGCAUCACUGCAGUGACCUUGAUGUUGACCUCAACUGCGACUGUGACUUUAAACCACCCAUCUCUUGCUUCAGGGGCACUACCCCACCCCCCAAAGCAUUGCUAGUUGGUAUUCUUCUACAACCUCCUCAACCUGCACUAGACAAAAGCGAGAGAGUAAAACAGGUGAAACGAUGCACCUUCUGUCUUUUUUUAAGUCUUACAUUUAACUAAAAGCCAGUGGGUUCUUUUUCCAUCACCCUGCUCUUUCUCUGUAUUCAGCAUAUUAAAUAAACCCCCACAGUUCUAAUGUCUAUGUCCAUGGUAAUCGGUGUCAGUGACACAUGGAGCACGUGCAGUUUUUGGUCUCUAAUCUUUGGUCUCUGAUUGCUAUGUGAACUGCUACAGGCAUGAUAAAGGUGUCAAUUUGUCAUUUUUGAUUUAAGCUCAAAAUGUGAAAAUAACAUAAUGUGCUUUGUGAAGCAUGAAAGAAGUCAUUUAUUCACAUUCGUCACAGCCAGUACAUUAAACUGCAUAUGCAUUGGCACUGUCGUUACUGAUAGGCCUCAGAUUUUAGCACUCGUGCUGUCAUUUGUCUUUUUUAUUUGGCUUUACUCAAGUGCGCUUUAACUUUAUUGAUGAUGUCAUUAGUUUGUAUGAAGUAGGGUAAGAACUUUUUUUAGGUGCUCUAGAUUUGACUUGAGCUACUCUACAAAUGGGAAACUAUAUAGGAGUUUUAUCCACUUCAGUUCCAAUGAGCAGAAUGCUUUAGUGCUUUUGGAGCUGAGCCUGUGGUUGUAUUUCCGAAAAUUUUAUUAUGCACAUAAGAAAAUGUCAUAUUUUUGCUCAUCCCAAAAAAGUUAAAUUCACAGGGCACAAAAAAUGCAUUAGUUGUUUUUGUAAAUGUUGUAUCUACAUGUACAUAUUACAUUGUGUUUCAUACCUCUUUUGCAUUAUUUGGAUGUAAAUAUUGGGCUCUCAGUGAGCCCACUGAGGGUCUGACUCACUAAGCAAUCUGUUUUUUUGUUUGACUUUUUUUUAUAUAAACACCUAAAUCUAAUGCAAACCUGUAACAGUCUUCACAUACAGAGUGCAUGAGUGAAAAUGUGCAAGUUUGCAGAUGGUAGAAAGACUUGGUGACUCAGGCCCCAUUUACAUGUUGUUGUAUUGCUGCAUAAUCUUCUGAACUGUGAUGUUCUUUGUCUCCAGAACCACCUUAAAUGCCUUAUACGACAAGCAUCUCACAGGCUUAAUGUUAAGGUUGUUUCCUGUUCUGUGUAGUCCGUUCAUGUACAUGUACAUACUGAAAGUGUACAUGCACAUUGUUUGUUUGUCUCUAGACAGUUCCACUGUGAUCCCCUGUACACCACUGAGUUUCUAGUCUAAAGCCAGCUAGAUAUAAUGAACAUAAUUUGUUUUUGCGAUGAAUGUUGUCACAGUAGCUCUCAUCCAGUGAGAGGCUCCAUUUUGAGACUCAUUCAUUACCCAUAAAACUUGAGCACUUGCUAAGAAAGGGUUGAGUGAUCAAAUGAUGUUGUUUUUAUGGUGUUAUAGAUGUCAUGUGUUUUCAUGGUGACUAAUAUGACAUGAUGAUAAUGACAAAGGAAAAGGAAGGAAAUUUUAGUUUAUAUGCAUUUAAAACUUUUGUUUCUCAGGACGGAAUGUUUUACAUUAAAGCUGUCUGCCAUUUGUUAUUGCUAUAUUACAAAGACUGGAUUUAAAGACAAAUUUGUAAUUCUCAAUCAAACAACUCAUGCUGAAGCUAUCUUUCCAAAUGAGCAAAUUGGAUCUAUAUACCUAUAACGGCUCUUAGCAUCUUACCAAACCUAAAGCAGGACCAUGUUUCUAACUUGAAAGAUGUUGUUACAAGAUUGCAGGUUACCCCAAUUCUUUACCGACAGAAACAUCUGGUACAGUGUAUGCUAUCUCAUGCUCAUACUACCUGUCUUCAGCUGUUUUACUGAUGCUAGAACUAUACUGAUCAUUCGAGAAUGUGAAAAAUCAAGAUGGCACAAAGUGAUAUGGUAAAGCAAAAAGGACGAUACUGUAAACUGCUGAAAUUGAAUUUUAUCUCUCAGAUAAAUUAGUGAAAGGAUUUUAUUAUUUGGUCUGGAUCAACUACAAUCACUACAAUGGCUCAAUAUAGAUUGUGCUUACAUCCACUGAGCUGUAGACUUUGGUAAUACUGGGCUCUGGGCUCUACUAUAUCUGCCAGGGAAGCAUCACAAUCAUACCCCUCCCAUUAUCUUCUGAGGUGAGAGCUGACGGGUCCGUUUUCUAUUCAAGCAAGCUUUUCUGGUUGCCUUUACAGUACAUCUGUGUUGUAUGGGGGUUUCAAAAGUUGACAGUUGGCCUGUACUGUAAGUGAAGCAGCUUUUAUUUCUGUCUGUAUGUCAGUCGGUCUCUGCAUGUAAUUUUUGGUACAUGUCAUGUGAAUGUAUUUUUUACAAUGUCUCAGUUUGCAAAAUUUUUGUUUUGUUAUUUUUGAUGUUUAUGUGUUUGCAAAUAAAAGUAGAAAAUGCUUCAA